CUCCUUCCAUGCAGCACGAGCGUGGCGUGAUCGGGUGAGGUAGCAAAGUGAGGGUGCUGUCUUAAUGUAUACUAAUCAGUCGAAUUUAGUGUUUCGUACUGUCCUAUGUUCGCAGACAAUUCUUUCCAAUGAGGCGCAGUAUCACGAAAAACUUAGCAAGGCCUAUUUAUAGUGUUUGUAAGACGUAAUAGGCGCUCUAAAAAUAAGCAGAGCGGUUUAGUAUUGCGUAGGAGCGCGAGCCCGUGUGCGCAAGCAGGACUCCGCUUUUACACGCGCCUCGUCUCGCUGCGCGUGUCGUUGACCCACUGCGUUACAUUCGGCAUGUAGACACGCCACGGACGGAGCAGCCGGUCGAGCAGGAUAAUCCGGUAGCUCUGAACCACUGACCCGUGUGUGACGACACAUAAUGCAAGGCUUAAUGCAUAAACAUCUCUGGCAGUUGAGGUGUUUUGCUCGUCUCCUUCUGGCAGUACAGUGGAGGUACUGCUCACAGAAGCAGCUACCCAUCUUAACCCUCUUCACCAAGAAUCCUUGCCCUUUGUGCGAUGAAGCAAAACAAGAGCUUGAACCGUACAAACACAGGUUUCUGUUGCAGGAAGUAGAUAUCUUGCUGCCAGAAAACAAGGUCUGGUACGAGAGAUACAAGUAUGACAUACCUGUGUUCCAUUUGAAUGGACAGUUUCUCAUGAUGCACCGGGUCAACACCACAGUUCUGGAGAAAAGGCUGGGAAGAAUGGAGCACAAAGAAAGUACAUUAAGAGCACAUGACACUCACCAUGUAGAGUGAACUGUGUGGCCUCACACACGUAAAUAGGAUUUUUAAGAAAUGUCAACAAAAAAUGAAAUUGCUGUAGAUGAGUGUAAUUACUGAACACAGAUAUGAAGGGUGUCCAUAAUGGGAUGCUAUUCUUAUGUUAUUGCUCACUCUGUACUCUUGAACGAACUGUAUUGUUUUCUGUUCAUCCUAACAUUGUAUUUUGUUACGGACAUCU